AUGUCCUUCUUCAUGCAUGACAGCGUCGAGACCAUGAUCCAAGGGGCACACAUUCAAGAUGGUUCCGUUUACGUGCCAUUCACUAGGAAAGAAAAUUACUAUAUAUACUUCCUACCUGAUCUCUUGUCCGACCAAAUUAUAGAUAGACAAUUCAGACUCUUUCAAUAUUCUGGAGCCCAAGCGGACAAGCCCCCAUAUCACGGCGGCCACCACGACCCUAACGCGGAGAGUUUAGCAAAAGCUUUUAUAAUUUGGCGAAGGAAAAGACUGCUUCGGGUGGCUCUACAGGACAUAGCACGGGAGGAGGUCAUAGCACGAGAGGUCCGCAAGGAGGAACCCAACCAUCUUCAGGAGGUUCAUCCCGCUCCCACGAAGCUACGAACCGCCAUGAUCCCCCAAACGGACGAAGAGGGUCUUAUUAUCAAUCCUGGUAGCCUGCAGUCUGAAAGCACCACAAGCACGCAAUUUGACGACAGCCGUGGAUUCUGGUCGGCGCUUGUGCAAGCCAGUGGGACUUGGAAUUUGAGAUGGAGACCGAAGCCUCGUCUAUAUUAUCCAGCCGGUAAAGCCUACAAGAAAACACAACAACCGUUUGUGGCAGUCGAUGGCCUAGGCAUGACAUUCAACCUAUCCCAACCUUUCGAAUGCAUAAUGAAUCCCUCAACAGGGACGUUGGAGAAGCUAUGUGUCCAGGCCCCAGACUCUGUCUGCGAACUAAAAAACAGUACAUGGGAUCGAACUGUGAUUCGGAACGUUGCUCCGAAGUCACUUUUUGUAGCACUUCUCCCGUUCAGCAGGAUUCCGAGUGAGCGGAGGCCCUAUCCGGCAUUGUAUACAACUAAUGACUGGGCUUCUCUGCUGGCUCUAUGGAUACCUGCCGUCGCUGGAUUGUUGGGUGCUGUCUUCAUCCCCAAACCCUCCCCUCCGGAUGGGAAACACCCCUCCUUUUACGCAAACUGUUCUUAUAAAGGGUUUCGUUACCCUCGUCUAGCGCGAAACUUUCUGGAAAAUAAGCCAUCGACUGCCCGGGAGCGGCAAUAUGAUCCGUCUUGGGCUCCAUUUUACCAUGAACGAGAAUAUCAAAACCCUUUGAGGUCUCGUUCGCACGCCGUCUAUCGAAGCUUUCGGCCUCGAAUGUUGGCCUAUCUAACUGAGGAGAGCAAAGGUUAUGAAACCCGUUUUGUAAAGCAUGACGAGAACUGCCCGCCCUAUGUCUUUAUCGCUUAUACUGCGGAACACUUCGAUUCUGAAGAUAAGAAGGCAAAAAAUCUCCUAACUGCAUUGGCUAGGGAAGCUACUGUUCAGUACCGUGAUACAAUUAUGGAACCGUCUAGAAAGCCGAAGGCAUUUUGGCUUGCCCAAAUGUGUAUGCCGAUAAAUUGUUACGUUGACCACAAUGGACAAGACCAAAUUCUCAACAACCAAAGCGACCCUGAUAACGUUUUACGAGGCUAUUUAGCGGACCACGAUACGUAUAGCAUAAGUGAUAUUAUCCGGGGUGCAGAACAUAUAAUCGUGAUCGCCGGCAACCCACGCCAUUUGACAGCAAAUCCAUUACGAGAAUGGGGCAAGCGAGUCUGGACACUGCCAGAAAUUAUACUUAGCAAAGGGGAUUUCGUUUCUGUCACGCGCUAUGAUUUGGGUGCGAAAACGCUCUCCGAUAUGGUCUUAUUGGAGAGAAUUCAGAAGAGCCAAUUUCCUUAUCAUGCGUGGAGUGACGCCUUAUGUUCAAGACAGCUCCUUGAGCACUACUCCAGCCUCCAUCUUUCCCGCCUGGAGCUAGUGAAGAUUAUAUUCGAAUGUCUUAUGGACAGGAAUUUUGGCGAGUGUUACCCAGGUGAUCGCAGUUAUGCAAUGAUGGGCCUGCUCAGGAUCCGGCCCCCGAUUAACCGAGAGGAUACCUCGUUUCAGGCAUUCGCUAGACUAUCGCUUCCUCAGGAUAAUGACCGCUUUAUGGAGCGUCUAAUCUGCCUUCUUCCAAACAAACUAGAUGAGCCAUGGGAGAUGAUGACAGAUCAAUACAAAUCAACCCUAUGGGACAUUCAUCCAGAGACGCAAAUAUGUGGAGUCGGGGAGAACGACACUGUUAUCGUUGACAACUGCAAGGGGGCCACAAUCCAAUGGUCCGGUUUUACCCCCGUUCAGAUAUACCAUAGAUUAAGACUCAGACGCUUGUUCUUCAAGUUCUUGGCACUCAUUGGGCCGAUUUUCUUUUUGGUUGCCCUCAUUCUCGCUGGUAUUCCUACAAUAGGGCCUGUGCUUAUUCCCCUGUCUCUCUUCUUAUUUCAACUUCCGUCGCCGUAUUAUAUCUGGAAAGCCUACGGUGACAAGGUCUGGAAUGUUGAGCCAUGCCUAUUCGGAAUCGAAGGUUAUGUUCCUCUCGAUGUGAUCGAGAAGAAGUUGUUUGGGGGUAGGCCUACCCGGCUAUCAUGGAGUGUUAUCGGUUCACCAUUGUCCCGUCACCAGGAGGGCCAGGAAUGCUUUGAGAGGCGGUCUCAUGCCCCCCAUGGAAGCCGAGAGAGACAAUUCGCAAAUGACACAAUCAACACGAUUGUAAGGAUAUGCAAGAGUCUGACCGAGUUUGUCGUCACCACGAAACUCCAAGGUCUGCAAAGGAUCAUAGCAAAAAUUUUCACCCUUGUCGACACUCUAUCAAUGACAGUUACACUAUUCAAAGCGGUCCAUCCUCCAACUGUACUACUUAUUGGAGGUUCUGAAGGAGGUAUGAAGCGCGCAAUUGCUUGCUCCUACGAUGUCACAACCGGUACAUUCUAUCGCGAGACUGUUCUCCGCAUGCAAUCACAGUGCACAUCUCGAAUGCACUUUUUACCUAGGAUCCGCCUCGGUUUGAAAAGGCCGUUCAAAAAGGGAGAUAUUGUAGCGGCAUAA